GAAGUGACACUUGCCCUGAAAACAAAAAAUUCAGAUAAGUCCCCUCCAAUCCCAUCGUCCUCUUCCGGCGACGACACGAUGCGGCUCGCUGCGGCGGCGGGGGCUCUCCGGCCCCUCUUCUUCCACCCUCACCGGCAGCCGCGCCGCCUCCUCUCGUCUCUACGCCGCUCCUCCGUCCCCUUGGCCCGCCGACGACGCCACUCCUACUCUUCCACCUCCACUGCACUCGACGACGCUCCUAAUAAUUCGCCCUCUCCUACCCUACCCGGACCCGGACCGCCGCCGGCUGCAGGAGGCGGCGAAGGCAAGGCUUCCCGCCGGCGUCGCUCGCGAGACUCCCCCGAGGGUCUCCUCAAGCACAAGCUGGACAUGUGCUCCCGCGACGGCGACCUCCCCACCGCGCUCGCCCUCUACGACGCCGCGCUCGACCCGGCCUCCUCCCCGCCGGUCCCGCUCUCCAUCCACCACUACAACUGCCUCCUCUACCUCUGCUCCAACGCCGCCGCCACCGCCUCCGACCCCGACGCCGCCAGCCGCGGCUUCGAGAUCUUCGCCAGGAUGGAGGCCCAGGGCGUCGAGCCCAACGAGGCCACCCUCACCAGCGUCGCCCGCCUCGCCGCCGCGCGCCGGGACCCCGCCAUGGCCUUCUCCGUCGUCCGCCGCAUGGCUGACGCCGGCAUCCCGCCGCGCCUCCGCACCUACGGACCCGCCCUCUUCGCCUACUGCGACGCCGGUGACGCAGACGGGGCCAGCGAGGUGGAGGCGCACAUGGACGCCGGAGGGGUCCUGCCCGAGGAGACCGAGCUCGCUGCGCUGCUCCGUGUCAAUGCUGACAAGGGGAGAGCCGACGAGGUGUACAGGGUCCUUCACAGGACGCGCGUGCUUGCCAGGCAGGUGUGCGAGACAACCGCCCAAGUAAUUGAGGCCUGGUUCCGCUCCGAUGCAGCGUCGCAGGCCGGAGUGGACAAGUGGGACGCCAAAAAGGUCAAGGAAGGGGUGGUGAAGGGUGGCGGCGGCUGGCAUGGCCAGGGCUGGCUCGGCAAGGGGCAAUGGGACGUUGAGCGAAGCGAGAUGGACAAGAACGGUAAGUGCCAACGUUGUGGUGAGAAGCUUGUGUGCAUAGAUAUCGAUCCUUCCGAGACAGAGAACUUUGCCAAGUCGCUCACUGAACUGGCGUGCAAGCGGGAGGUCAGGGACGAUUUCCUACGGUUUCAGGGCUGGCUUCGCCGGCAUGGGCCUUUUGAUGCUGUUAUCGAUGCUGCUAAUAUUGGCCUUUACAAUAGUAAGGCUUUCAGUUUUUCUCAGGUGAACUCCGUUGUAAAUGGCAUACAAAGAGUAACUAAAUCAAAGAAAUUGCCACUGAUUAUUUUGCAUAGGAGUCGAGUACAUUGCGGCCCUGCAAUAGUUCCACACAAUCAGAAGCUUAUAGAGGGUUGGCGAAGUGCUGGAGCACUAUAUUCCACUCCUCCUGGUUCCAAUGAUGAUUGGUACUGGCUGUAUGCGGCUGUUAGUUGUCGUUCAUUGCUUGUUACGAAUGAUGAGAUGCGGGACCACUUGUUUCAAUUGCUUGGAACUAGUUUUUUCCCCAGAUGGAAAGAAAAGCACCAGGUUAGGCUAACAUACUCGGGGCGAGGUCCUACUUUUCACUUGCCGCCUCCUUAUUCAAUUGUUACUCAGGAAUCUGAGGCUGGAAGGUGGCAUGUACCAACAACGACCGGUGAUGAUAUCGAAAACCCACGACAGUGGAUUUGUGCCAUUAGGAAAUCACAAAGGCGAGAUUGAGUGGGAUGGGUUGGUAGGCUUUGCUAGACCCCAUGGGGGGUGCAUGAGCAUAGCAAAAGCAGAGGGAUUUUGGCCUAAGGUCUGUUGAGUCAUGCUUGUUUAGAUCUGAAGAGGAUGCAUACCAAAAGUAGGAAGCGCUGAGAUCUUGGCUUGGGUAUGUUGAGUAAUGCUUGUUUAGAUUUAAAGAGGAUGAAUAGGUAGGUCAUAUAGUUUAGCUCCUCUUUAGGCUAAGGAUUUUGCCUGUGGAGUUACUUCACAUGGUCAUUUCGUAAGCAAGCAGAAUUUUGUUGUAACAUGGCAUCUCAUAUGUGUUUCAAAAUACGAAUGUGGGUGGUUAUUUACCCGAAAUAAUUCACUGUA